UGACAAAAAAUGGCGCCAAAACAGAUUUAAGUCAUAGGGAUAUGUCUUAAUUAGACUAUUUUACAUAUGUUUAUCUGAAAUGCUCUCAAUCGUUUUAUUUCAUCAUUUUUUGCUUAACCUUAAUUUUGCUGGCUAUUGAUGAUCUAGUCAGAACUACAAAACGUUUUUGACCCAAUGCUCUGGAGUGACGUGUGGCGUGGGGGUGAGGAUGAACCAUCAUUUUUAAAAGUCUUUUACGACUGACCAGUGACCACAGAAUGAUGCAAAAACGAUGGAAAGCAUUUAGCCUAGUCACCAAGUCCGUCUUUUCGGUCAAGCGCGAAAACGCAGCCUGAGCUAGCUAUCUUUGUCACUAGUGGUAUUCUCAAUGAUUGAAGUUAAUGCCAACAACUGAACUCUGGAGCAAAAUAAAGUUGGAGACGGUAGCCAAAUUAGCAAGCUAACUAUAAACAAGAACUUGGUAUGCUCUUCAAUGAGCAGGGGACAGCAAUUUCCUGUGGACUGAAAUGCGGAGACAAUGUAGCGAGAUAUGUUGCUAGCUAACUAACGUAACUCAACUGCUAAGAUAACUGCGGCGUAUUUUUGGCAUCAGAGACCGAGCUUUGAGAAUUCUCUAGGACAGUCCGCAUAUACUUGCGGUGUCAUGGUAAUAAAUGUCGAUACGCGUUGAAGAUUGUUUUUCGGUACCCGCCGAGCGCUUCCCUGCGUUGCUCAUAUUACUUCACAGAUGAAAGUCAUAAGCGAUUUAUUUGUGGAGGAUUGCUCUGAUGUAGCUGCCCAGCAAACUAGCUACGAGGACAUCGGGAUCACAUUGUAGCAAAAAGGUGUCUCUGUGAGGGACAUCAGGACCGGGAGACGGGAUGGACCAUCAGAAAUCAAACUGCGAGGAGAAAGACUCUGAAACGGCAGCUGAUGAUGGCACUCCCCCAGAGCUGGCUGCCCCACCUGAGGGGGAGUCUGAGCCCCCAGAGACACCCAUGGAAACUUCUAGCACACCUGUCAGGGUCUGCGCUCUGUGUAACUGCGAGGAGAGGAGCCUGCACGGGCAGCGGGAGCUGAGGCGCUUUCGGCCGUGCCCCGCCUGGCCCCCCCCGGAGGAACCCGCCCCCGACGCCGCCGCCGCCACCACCUACUCCACCCCCGCCACGCCUCAGGGGGGCGCCUGUGGCAGCGACGACCUGUCUUCCAUCGGCUUCUCCGACCGCGUCCCCGCCGCCUCGCUGCUGGACGAUACGGGGCACUGCUGGGUCCACCACUGGUGUGCGGUCUGGUCAGAGGGCGUUGUCUGCUCAGAAGAUCAGGAGCUGAAGGGCGUGGAUGAAGCAGUCAUCUCAGGGAUACAGCAGCGAUGCGAAUACUGUAAAAGGCUGGGCGCUACCAUCCGGUGCAAGGCAGAGGGGUGCUCGAAGUUCUACCACUUCCCCUGCUCGGCUGCAAGUGGCUCCUUCCAGUCCUUAAAGCAGCUGGCCCUCCUGUGUCCAGAGCACAUAGAGAAAGCGGUGGAGAUGGCCGGCGAGGAGGCGCGGUGCGCCGUGUGCGAUUCGGCCGGCGGGCGGGCGGAGCUGGCGGGCCUGCUGUUCUGCACGGGCUGCGGGCAGCACUACCACGCCGCCUGCCUGGAGAUCAGCGCCACGCCCCUGCAGCGCUCCGGCUGGCAGUGCCCCGAGUGCAAAGUGUGCCAGACCUGCAGGCAGCCCGGCGAGGACUCCAUGAUGCUGGUGUGCGACGCCUGCGAUAAGGGUUACCACACCUUCUGCCUGCAGCCCGCCAUGGAGUCCCUGCCCUCUGACCCCUGGAAGUGCCGGCGAUGUCGUGUGUGCCGUGAGUGUGGUGCCCGCGGCUGGACGUUGCCGGGCAGCGCUCAGCGGUUCGAGAGCUACACCGUCUGCGACGGCUGCUGGCGGCAGCGCAGUUCGGCGUGCCCCGUCUGCGGCAAGGCGGCCGAGCCCCCUUCAGCCACGCUCAGCUGCCAGAGGUGCUGCAGAUGGGUUCACAGCCAGUGUGCCGCCGGCACGGACACCGCUCAGGGCCAGUACACCUGCUACCUUUGCCAAGAACCGCCGGCGCCGAGCAACACCGAGGUCGCCGCGGCGACCGCCCUGGCGGGGGACACGGUCGAGACGAGCACUCCCAUGGAGAUCGAAGAAAGUGGAACCAGAGAAUUGAGUCCUUCCCCUGCUGCUGUAGAAAUGACAGAAGAGGCUCCGAGUCCUCCACCCCAGGACACUGCAGCCCCAGCUACACCCCCAGAUACUUCCCUGAUACCAGCUACAGCCACUUCUACACCCCAGUCUCCAACUCCAACCACAGAUACACCCCAGUCUCCAACUCCAGCCACAGAUACACCCCAGUCUCCAACUCCAGCCACAGAUACACCCUCAACGCCUGCUUCAACAGCAGAUACUUCCCCGAUACCAACUACAGCCACGGCUACACCCCAGUCUCCAACUCCAACCCCAGCUACACCCCAGUCUCCAACUCCAGCCACAGCUACACCCCAGUCUCCAACUCCAACUGCAGCUACACCCCAGUCUCCAAAUCCUACCACAGCUACACCCCAGUCUCCAACUCCUACCACAGAUACACCCCAGUCUCCAACUCCAACCCCAGCUACACCCUCAACACCUGCUCCAACAGCAGAUACUUCCCCGAUACCAACUCCGACCGCAGCUACACCCCAGUCUCCAACUCCAACUGCAGCUACACCCCAGUCUCCAACUCCGACCGCAGCUACACCCCAGUCUCCAAAUCCAACCACAACCGCACCCCGGUCUCCAGCGCCAAUCGCAGCUACACCCUUAACUCCCACACCAACAGCAGAUACUUCCCCAACAUUAACAACAACCACAGCUACACCCCAGUCUCCAACUCCAACCACAGCUACACCCUCAGUGCCCGCUCCAGCAGUGGAUGCCACCCCGACAUCAGCUACAACCACAGCUACACGGUCUCCAACUCCAACCACAGCUGGACCCUCAACACCUUCAAUGGCAGAUACUCCUCCAAAACCAGCUACAACUACAGCUAUACCCCAAGCACCAACUCCAACUGCAGAUAAUCUCCCAACAUCAACUUCAACUACAGAUGCACCUCAAUCUCCACCGACAGCCACCGCUACACCCCAAAUUCCAGUUCCAACCACAGCUACACCCCAAACACCAGCUGCAACCGCAGAUACUCCCUUGACACAAACUAUCACCAUAGCUACACCCCAUUUGCCAGCUCGAUCUACAGAUGCUUCCCCAACACCAUCUCCAACAACUGCUACACCCACAGAGCCAGUUCCAUCCAUAGUCCCAGCUAUACCCCAGUCUCCAACAACGACCACAUCUUCACCCACAAUACCAGGCCCAAUCACAGCUACACCAACAGUACCAGACCCAGCCCCAGUUUCACCCGCAACAUCAACCCCGACCACAGCUACACCUGCAAUGCCAAGCCCAGCUUUAGCCACACCCAAAAUGCCAGUUCCAGCCACCGCUACCCUCCAGACACCAGUCACAACCACAGCCCCAGCUCCACCCCCAGUGCCAUCUCCAACCAUAGCAACAAUCCAAAUACCAGCUGCAGCCGUAGCUACACCACCAACAGCUGUCCCAACUGCAGCCACGGCUUCAGCUACACCCCCAAAGCCAACUACAACUGCAGGCCCGGCAACAGCCCCAGAUACAGCCUCAGUACCGUCUCCACCCACAACGUUAGCCUCGCCUGAAGCGCCACCCACGGUGCCAGCUAUACCUGAAAUGCCAGAUCCACCUGCAGCUGCACCUCCAGUGCCAGGUACAACGACAUCAGCCCCUGCCACAUCAAUAGUGGACCCUACUGCUGUUACAACAGAAGUGGGCAAACCUGAAUCUGAAUCUGCCAUGCUAGAGACCAAAACGCAGGGUGGUGUUGACCUGAGAACAGGUGGAGCGAGCGGUGCUUGCUGUACCUCUGCAGAGCAGAUAUCAGGACAGGAAAGGGUGAAGGUCAACAGUGGGGGUCAGAACAUUGGUGCAUCUUCCAUUCAAAUGCCGCCUCAGCCUUUAUGCCCUCCCCCUGUCCCCAAAGAGGAGGAGCCUGUUUGCAUGGAGGGGGUGGAGCCGCAGCCUCAGCAACCGCUGGAGGCGGAGCCAAGGACUAACUCUGUUGCUCGCACCUCAAUGGCAGAAAGUCUUCCUCCUGCCGUUGCCAUGGAGGUUGGGCCCUCCCUGUUGGAAGAGGGGGAGGUGGAGCUCACUGUGGAGAAGGGCGAGUCCCAUGAACAGGAGCUGGAACCCCAGGAAGGAGGAGCCAGAGCGCCGCUCUUCCUGGACGAGGCGUCCAAUCAGAGCCGGGGGGACGGCAGCAGCAGUGGUUUCCUGGGCUCCCCUGGGGAGGCGGACUCUCGGUCCGUUUCCAUGGAGGUGAGCCUGGACUCCCAGUCUGUUUCCAUGGAGAUGGGCCUUGUUCCGGUUGACAGGUCUCGCUCGAACUCCCUGCUCACCGAGACGGACGACUCGCUGCCCUUUGACCCCUGUAAGCUCGACGGGGAGAAGGCGAAACGCAGAGGUUCCCCCGGGCGCUCCCGCGUCAAACAGGGCCGUAGCAACAGUUUCCCAGGGAAGCGGCGUCCCCGUGGAGGCGGGACCGGGCGGGGGCGUGGCCGGUCGCGCUUCAAAGCCGUGGCAUCCUGUAUGGAGGGAUACUUUGAGAGCAUGGACACGGGCAUCGGGCUGUGCAAGGAGGAUGAGGAGGAGGAAGACGACACCAUGCAGAACACCGUAGUGCUCUUCUCCAACUCUGACAAAUUCGUCAUGCUGCAGGACAUGUGCGUGGUGUGUGGCAGUUUCGGGCAGGGCGUGGAGGGCCAGCUCCUGGCCUGUGCGCAGUGUGCUCAGUGCUACCACCCCUACUGCGUCAACAGCAAGAUCUCGCGGGUGAUGCUGAGCAAGGGCUGGCGCUGCCUGGAGUGCAUCGUGUGCGAGGCGUGCGGCAAGGCCUCGGACCCCGCCCGCCUGCUGCUGUGCGACGACUGCGACGUCAGCUACCACACCUACUGCCUGGACCCGCCCCUCCACACCGUGCCCAAGGGCGGCUGGAAGUGCAAGUGGUGCGUGCGAUGCGUGCGGUGCGGUGCCACCACGCCCGGCUUCCACUGCGAGUGGCAGAGCAGCUACACGCACUGCGGGCCCUGCGCCAGCCUCAAGACCUGCCCCGUCUGCUGCCAGGACUUCGCCGAGGAGGAGCUGCUGCUGCAGUGCCAGCACUGCGACCGGUGGGUGCAUGCGGUCUGUGAGGGCUUGUACACUGAGGACGAGGCGGAGCAGGCGUCUGACGAGGGCUUCACCUGCACUGGCUGCUCCCCCUAUUUCCCCAGGCCCGUCGCUGUAGUGACACCUUCCUACUUGGCUCCUCUGAAAGUGAAAGAACCAGAGCCCCAGUUCUACCGGCUGGAGGGGGUGUGGCUGACGGAGACGGGCAUGGCCCUCCUGCGCAGCAUCUCCCUGCCGCAGCUGCAGAAGAAGCGGCCGCGGCGCCCCCGCCUGGACACCUGCGACGGCGCGGAGCUGAAGGACGGCCAGGGAGAGGGCUGCGGGGAGCCGAUGGACUGCGACGCCAAGCUGGAGGCCCCCGGGAGCCCCGACGGCGGAGGGGGCCCAGAGGGAGGCGCGGAGGGCGGAGCCGACGGCGAGGGCGCGAAAGGAGGAGGAGGACCGGAGGAGGAGAUGGACGACAAGAAGAAGAAGAGGAAGCCCUACAGGCCAGGGAUCGGAGGGUUCAUGGUGCGACAGAGGAAGUGUAACCUGCUGCUGAAGAGAGGGCGGAUCCUGCCCCCCACCACACGAGAGGGCGUGGCCGAAGGGAUGGGCGGGGCUGAGGGCCUGGCCCCAGACAGAACCACGGACGAAGUAGUUUGUAGCAGAGCUCAGCCGGAGGCCUCCCAGGAUGCCAAGCUGACGGAGGCGGAGGCGGAGCACGCCAAAAAGCGCCGGGGCAAGAAGAGGAGCAAGCUGGAGGACAUGCUCCCCGCGUACCUGCAGGAGGCCUUUUUCGGGAAGACGCUGCUGGACCUCAGUAAGAGGGCGAUUCAGGCCCCUGCGGGACAGAGGCCCCCACAGGGCCCUCCCCGGCCCCCGCACCCCACAGCCCCAGCCACACAGGACCCGGGGGGCAAACCCACACCCCCCCAAACAGCGGGUGCCGCGGAGGGGGCAGGGGGUUCCCCCGCUCCCCUAAAGCAGGAGGCUGGGGCAUCGCAGCCUCGGGAGGGCACAGAAGGGCCCCCCAACGAGGCGGAGAGCCAGGACUCUGAGCAGUUCUUCCGGAAGGUUCUCGGCUCGUCGGACAGCACCUCCCUUGGCGGGACGCUGCAAGCAGGCAUGCGGCCAAUCCUGGGGGGCCCCACGAAAAGCUUGCCCCCAGGCAGCUCUCUCUCUGGGGUCCUCCCAUCCACUGGUCUCAUGGACUCCUUCCCUGGACUCUGCCAGUCCCCGUUUUUUGACAGAGGUGACCGGGCAGGGUUGUUCAGCCCCGACCACGAGGACGAGAGCUUCUGGGACCCCCCCUCCACCCCGGCCACCCCCUCCACUCCAACCACCCCCACCGAGCCGGAGGGGGACGGACUGUCCUACAAUCAGCGCAGCCUGCAGCGGUGGGAGAAGGACGAGGAGCUGGGCCACCUGUCCACCAUUUCGCCCGUCCUCUACGCCAACGUCAACUUCCCCAGCCUCAAACAGGACUACCCAGACUGGUCCAGCCGCUGCAAACAGAUCAUGAAGGUUUGGAGGAAGAUCUCUGCUGCCGAAAAGGCUCCCUUUCUGCAAAAGGCCAAAGACAACCGAGCCAGCCAGCGCGUCAGCAAGGCUCAGAAGCUGGAGGAGAAGAGCCAGGUGUGUCGCACUGUGAAGACUGAGCCUGGGUCCUGUGACGGGCCCCGCCCCGCCCUGCACCUCCAGAUCCGCCCUCCUGGCCUCACGCCCGACCCCUCCCAGCCCGGCUCUGCGGAGAGCCCCGUCCCCCCUGCCCCCGCGGGGUCCUCCCCCGCCUUCCUCGCCGAGUGCCCGGUGAAGACGCCGGUGUCCGCCGGCACUCCCACCGACGGCCUCCCCAAGCUCCCCCCUCAGUCCCCCCAGCCCCACGCCCACCCCUCCGCCCCCCACGCCCAGCUGCCCGGCAGACCCCCGCAGGCCGACCCCUUCCCCAGAGCGCAGCACCCGCAUUUCCAGGAACCCUCGGGCCCCCGAGGGAGCCCUCAGGCCCGGGGCCCCGUGGAGCCGCGCCUCCUGUCCCCACCCCGUGGCGGCGCGGGCCCGGACCUGGGCUCCGGCUCCCCGGCCGGGCCGCUCAGCCCGGGGGUGGGGCUGUUCAAGGCCCCCCCGACGCCGUGGGCGCACCAGGGGGACGCCGCCGGCUGCCACGCGACCGCCUCGCCUGGGCACGCUCCCGACGCCCACCGCCAGUCUCCCUGCGGCCCUCUGUCGGACCCUUACGCCCAGCCGCCCCUCACCCCUCGCCCCCUGUCCGGGGGCGGCUGCUCUCCCCUCCCCCAGCAGGACCCUUGCUCCAGGGUGCCCAGCAGCCCCAAGCCCCAGCCUGGGGCGCGCUCGCCCCUGACCCCCGGAGCGCUCUCCAGCGAGGCCUUCUCGGCGCAGUCGCCCGCCGCCUCGCGCUUCCAGUCCCCCGAGCCCUGCUCCCGGCCGCCCUCGCGGCCCCAGUCCAGAGACCCGCUCGCCGCCCCGCUCAAGCCCUGCCGCCCGGCCGCCGGUACCCCGGAAGGAAGCCCGGCCUUCGCGGGCUCUCCCUGCGAAAGCAAGCCGGCCCCGCCCCCACCCCCUCCCCUUCCGUCCUCCCCGGGGGACCCCCUCUCUGGGAAGCCGCCUGGGUUCCCCGCUUUGAGCCGGAGCCCCGGCUCGGGCGCGUUCCCGGGGAAUCGGCCUCAGCUGUGCUCACCAGCCCAGGCCCAGGCCCAGAUCCAGCACCUGCAGCCUCAAGCCCAGCCCGCAGCUGUUCACAACUUCCCCUCCAGGACCCAGCUGCCCCCAGGGGCCCCCGACGCACCCUCUCCGUGGCCACGGGAGCCCCAGCAGGGCCCCGGCCGGCCACCCCAGGAGCUCCCAGACCUGGCGGGACCUCAGGACCCCGCCCUAAUUGGCCUCAGUCAGGCUGAGCUGGAGAAGCACAGACAGAGACUGAGGCUGCGAGAGCUUUUGAUCCGACAUCAGAUGCAGAGGAACUCUCUUCGUCAAGAAAAAGAAGCGGCCGCCGCUAAUAGUGGCGCCACUAACUGGCCUGGGGGAGAAACUGCACCCUACCAGCUGGAUAAGACCCUGCGUCCACCUCCUCCUUACCCACAGGACAAAGCUGCUGUUGGUCACCCUGGAGCGGCCUCAAUGGAGGAUAAACUCGGCCACCCGCCCCCUCCUCGGAUGCCUGUGAACGUGGACCCCAGCGCCAUCAGGCUACAGGGUUCCCAAAACCUGCAGGGAUUUCACCCGCAGCCUCGGUUCCCCACCCCGUGGCCCGGUCAGCAAGCGGGCCUGCAGAGAUUUCCACAGCCGCCCGCGGCAGGGCCGGGCGGCCCGAGACCUUUCCCCGGUGUUCCCAUGAACGUCCAGGGGGUGCAGGGAAUGCCAGACCCUCGCGCCCUGGCGCCGGGCCCCCGCGUCCCCGGGGCCCCUCCCCAGUUCAUCGAGCUCCGGCACAACGUGCAGAGGACCUUCCCCAGUCAUCAGUUCCCUCCCGGUGGCCCCCAGCCCCGCCCCCACCUCUACGCACCCCAGCAGGAGAGGGGAACCCCCUUUGCACAGUCUCCCGUUCCCCCUGCUGCCUUGCCCUCCACCCUCAAUGCUUUGGCAGGGGUGGGCCCAGACCUCGCCCAAGUGCAGCAGCAGAGUGGCCUGGCUUUCACACCGUCAUCCCAGCAGAGUGGCAUGCGGCCCCCGCAGCCCCACCUACAGCCGCACCUACAGCCCCACCCCUCUGCUCCCGGGCCCCACCCCCUCCCCCACCGGCAGUCCCCGCAAACCGAAACCUCAGCUGCGUCCCCUGCACUCGGGCCCCGCCCCCUGGACCUGCCCGAGCCCAACGCCGUCGACCCUUUCGGCCCCAAAGGGCUGGGUACUGCGGGAGGAGAGGAGGGGGCAGAGGAAGAAGACGACCUGGCGACCCUCGACCUCGGCCCCGACAAGGGGGACGAUGAGCUGGGCAACCUGGACAGCCUGGAGGCAGCCGACCCACACCUGGACGACCUGCUCGUGUGCGACGAAUUUGACCUGCUGGCUUACACUGACCCCGAGCUCGACCAAGGCGACCCCAAGGAUGCUUUCUCUGAUCAGCUGCGGCUGGUGGAGGCAGAGGGAGAAGCCCCGCCUCCUUCCGGUGCCACUUUGGACAUAAAAUUGGAGGAUAAACCAGGUUUGCCGUUGCCAGGCCAGGAGACACUCCGAGAUGGUAUGUCCAUUGUCACAGAUCCUCAUCAGAAACCUGUGACUUCCGUUGCCUCCGCACAGCCAAGGUCUUCCUCUUCAGGGUCCCCUUGGCUUGGCACGGUCAAGCUGGAGGAUGGUGCCUCAGGCUUGGGUGGGUCUCAAACCCCAGCAGCCCUCUUUGAGAGGGACCUGGGAUCCAAGCAACAGCAGACCACACCUGCUAUGGUGAAGGAUGAGGUGGGGGAGGCGGUAUCCAUGCUGCUAGGCAGGCCGGACACCGCGACCAAGUCCCCCAGUGGCCUUUCCACCCAGCCGUCCGACCCCGCCAGCGGCCUUUCGUACCCUCACCCCGGGCAAGCGGAUCCCCUCGCCUUCCCGUCUGCCAGGGGACAGCGCUCCCCUGGUGUGGACCUGGACAGAGUGGAAAGUUCCCUGGAGGCUAGCGAGCUGCCCCUGCUGAUCCAGGACCUGCUGGAGCAUGAGAAGAAGGAGCUCCAGAAACAGCGUCAACAGCAGCAGCAGCAGCAGCAACAGCAGCAGCAGCAUCUGGGCCAAUUCCAGCAAGGGUCGCUGAGCACCCAACAUCACGGUCUACCUGGUCAACACCAACAGCCUCAAGGGCUUAUGGGUCAGCCAAGUGUGCAGCAGCAACAAAGGCUCUUGGGCGCAGCCGCAUGCCCGACGCCCCACGUGACCAUGGCUUUACAGCAGGGCAUGAUGGGAGCUGGACAGCCAGCUGGGCAUCCUACACUGGGUAACCCGCAGCAGCAGGUGUCUAAACAGCAAGCCCCGGUGAACAACUUCUUCCCAGACACAGAUCUCGACAAGUUUGCAGCAGAUGACAUCAUGGACCCUAUCGCAAAGGCCAAAAUGGUGGCCCUGAAGGGCAUCAAGCGGGUGAUGGCACAGGGCCCACUUGGGGUGCCACCUGGUGUCAGCAGGCAGCAGGUGUCUCUCCUGGCUCAAAGUCUGACUGGCGACUCGCAGGGCCAGCUUGCUACAGGGCUCCCUCCAGGCAUCACUAAGGAAGGGGAAACCAUCAACCCGGAGCAGUCCAGACCAAACCCUCCCCAGUGCGCACCAGGAAACAUCAGGGACGGCGACCAGCAGCAGCAGUACGAGGAGUGGCUCCUGCACACGCAGCAGCUGCUGCAGAUGCAGCUCAAGUACCUGGAGGAGCAGAUCGGCACGCACCGCAAGUCGCGCAAGGCGCUGUGCGCCAAGCAGCGCACCGCCAAGAAGGCCGGCCGCGCGUUCGCCGAGGCCGACGCCGAGAAGCUGAAGCUGGUCACCGAGCAGCAGAGCAAGAUACAGAAGCAGCUGGACCAGGUUCGCAAGCAGCAGAAGGAGCACAUCACGCUCAUGACAGAGUACCGCACCAAGCAGCAGCAGCAGCAGCAGCAGCAGCAGAACUCGGGUCUCCUGGCCCCCGGCUCCUCGAUCCAGGGCGCCCCUAUAAUCCCCGGCGUUCCGGGGCCCAUGAUGAUGAUGGGCCAGCACGGGGCCCCGAGGCUGGGGCAGCCCCCUGUCCGAAUGCCUGGUGCAGGGAUUCUGCCUGGGGCACAGCAAGGACAGCCUUACCCUGGCCCUUCCGCUGGUUACUUUCCCCAGGGGGCCAGAGCUCCUGAUCCAAGGCUCCUGCAGGAACGACAGAUGCAGCUCCAGCAGAGGAUGCAGCUGGUCCAGAAAAUGCAGCAGCAGCAACAGCAGCAGCAAGGCAUGAUGGGUCAACCCUUAAUGGCUCAACAGCAGCCACCUCAGCAGCAAGGUGUCAUGGGAAAUUCUGUAAUGGCUCAACAGCCACAAGGCAUAAUGGGUCAUCCUGUAAUGUCUCAACAGAAGCAACUUCAACAACAGGGCAUGAUGGGAAAUCCUGUAAUAGCUCAACAGCAGCAAGGCAUGAUGAACAGUUCUGUAAUGACGCAACAGCUGCCCCCUCAACAGCAAGGCAUGAUGGGAAAUCCCAUAAUGGCUCAGCAGCAGCCACCUCAACAGCAAGGCAUGAUGACUAAUAUUGCAAUGGCUCAACAACAGCAGGGAAUGAUGAGUAAUCCCAUACUAGCUCAACAACAGCAAGGCAUGAUGGGUAAUCCUGUAAUGGCUCAACAACAGCUACCACAGCAGCAAGGGAUUGUGGGUUAUCAAGGCUCUGCUCAGGCAAUGCAGGGCCCAUCCGGAAACCAGUCCACAACUCCACUGCAGCAGAACCCCAUAGGCCAACAGACGAUGGCUCAAACUCAAGGAAUGAUGGCCACCCAGCAAGGGAUGAUGGAAAACCAACAGAUGAUGCUGCAGCAGCAUCAGAGGCCACAGGCGUUAAUGCUCCAGCAGGGGCAGCUUGCCCCCCAGCAGCAGGCUUCCGUGCCAAGGUCCAUGUUCCACUCCCAGCAGCAGCAGCAGAGGUUCCUCAACCCAGCCAGCCAGCAGCUCCAAGGAGAGCGCAGUCCUGCUCCCCCUCCGCUGGGGUCUGCAGAAACCACUCAGGGCAGACCUCAACUACAAGGGAGCCCACAAAUACAAGGGAGCCCACAAACCCAAGUACAGGCGGGCACCGAGAGCCUGCAGCAGAGACCCCAAGACUCUGGUCACAUGCAGCAGACUGGCGGCAUGCUCUUACAAGGGCAGGCCCCCCUAAGCGGAGAGAUGCCUGCGGUGACUGUGGUGAAGCAGGAAGUGCAGCAGGGGAGUUACAUGAUGCAGCAGGGGCCAGCAGUUGCGGGGCACCCACAAGGUGUAGUAGGGCAGAACCGCGUCGGUCAGCCUCAGCAAAGCGUCUUGGUCCACCCCGGCCAGCAGGAGCAGCAACUUAGCCUCCUUGCUCAGCAGCAAAAGCAAGGCAUGAUGGGACAGAGACCGGGAGCUCCCGUUGGGCAAAUCAGGGUACCCGUGAAAAUCCAGGCUUUCAUCGCCCAGAACCCCCAGCUGCGUCACCUGACGCCCAACCAGCAGGUCCAGCACAUCCAGGCCUUGAUUGCCCAGCGGCAGCAGAUGCAAGGGAGGCUCCCUCUGCCUCAGGGGCAAGGCCAGGCCCAGAACAGGCUGGGCCAGGCCCAGCAAAUGCAGGGUUUCGGAGCCCAGCAGCAGGUGUACCGUGGACCUGCUGGGCACCAGCUGGCCCUGGGCCCCUCUUCUUCCCAGCAGCAAGGGGUCCUGGGUCAGCCCUCUGGUGUGGCACCUCAGAUUCAGCAAAGCAUUAUGGGUUCCCAACAACAACAGCAUCAGCAACAUCAAAGCAUAAUGGGACAACCAUCUGCUAACCAUCAACUUAGCCAAACUCAACAGCAAGGUCUCUCAGCCCCACACCAGCCAGGGGUUAGAAGUCCAAUGGGCUUGAUUCAGGCGAGGGGGCAGGGGUCCAUGACUCCUCAGGGCCGUGUGAGUACCCCCGCCUCGCCCCGAGAUGCCUUGUGCCUGAACUCUCCUGGAGAUCCCUUGUCCGCCCAACAGGAGAACCUACAACAACAGCGCCACCUCUUGGCACAGCCUAUGAGCACGUUCCAACCCUCCCCCACGCAAGCGCCGUCGCACUGCCCAGAGCUACCUCCCCGCACGCCGACCGCCCAAGGCCCUUUCCAGGCUCCUUCCGUCCCGCAAGGCUCUCCGGCCGGCUCCUUGGAAACUGGCCUCCUCCCUCCCGUGAGGAAACAGGACUGCGGGUCUGGCCAGGGUCCCCUGGCUCCCUCAGCCCACGCCCGCCAGGUCGACUCUGCGGCUCGCGGAGCUGGACCGUUCGGCCAGGCGCCCGGAAUCGCGGCGUCGUCGCCGAGGGGCGCCAGCCAAGGCCCGGAGCAGCCGGACAGGGCCGCGUGCGGGAUCACCGCGCAGACUAUCAAACAGGAGCCCCGGGAGGUGCAGUGCGGCGCGGAGGCGGGAGGCGAGGCCCGCGGCGGGGCCGUCAAGCGCGAGGCCAACGGCGAGCCGGUGACGCGGCGGGCCGAGACCGGGCACCUGCUCCUGCAGAAGCUGCUGCGCACCAAGAACCUGCAGGCGGCGGCGGCCCAGCGCACGGCCGACAGCUCCCACAGCGAGAUCAACGGCCACAUCGACAGCAAGCUGGCCAUGCUGGAGCAGAAGCUGCAGGGGACGCCGCGCAACAUGGAGGACAUGCAGGCCGUCACCAAGAAGGCUCCCGUCCCGAAGGCCAAGGGUCCCCCCAACUGGCGCAAGAAGCCCAAAAAGGAGGACGCAGGAAACACCGCCGAAGCUCUGAUGAAGCAGCUGAAGCAGGAGCUCGCUCUCCUUCCCCUGAUGGAGCCGUGCAUCGCGGCCAACCUGGAGGUGUUCGCCCCGUUCGGCAGCAGCCCCGCCGACGGCAAGGCCCGGCUCAAGGGCUCCUUCGGCAGCGCGGUGCUGGACGACACCCCGGACUACUACUCCCAGCUGCUCUCCAAGAACCACCUCAGCAACCCGCCCACCCCUCCCUCCUCCCUCCCCCCCACGCCUCCACCCUCGGUGCACCACAAGCUGCUGAACGGCGUGACCACCGGCGAGGAGGAGCCGGCCGACGCGCGGAAGGAGGCCGAGGCCACGGACGCCGCGGCGAAGGAGGCCAAGAGCGUCGACCUGCUGGCCGCCCUCCCCACGCCUCCCCACAACCAGAACGAGGACGUCAGAAUGGAGAGCGACGAGGACAGCGACGCCCCGGACAGCGUGGUCCUGGCCUCCUCCCCGGAGAGCGUGCUGCAGGACGACGUGCCGCGGUUCCCCCUGCUGGGCCAGCGCCGGCCCGGGGACAGGGAGGAGACCGCCUCCCCUGUCAUUCCCAUCAUCCCCCGCGCCGCCAUACCCGUUUUCCCCAAGACUGAGCCGCCAGGAGCGCCGAGCCAGCUCCCCGAGCAUGCUGGGAAGGAGGCUCCUGGGUCGAGCCACCGGGACGAGCCCAAGAGCGGCGACGUGUCCGUCACCUUUACUCUCGCCACAGGCGCGGCCAAGAACCUGAGCGCGGUGAUGGCCACCAUGGCUCAGCUCCUGCGGGUGGAGACGCCCAGCACUUAUGAAGUCACCUUUCCACCGGGGGACGGCGAGCCCAGCACAGCCCCCGCUGAUGCUACGCCCGCGGCCGUUCGCGUGAAGUCGGACCCUGCGGAGAAGGAGGAGAAGGCUGAUUGGCUGAAGCAGGGUGGCCUGUCUUUGCCUGGCUGCUCACUGAAGAAGCAGAUGGACAUCCUGUCCAUAAUAGACCAGGAGCCUUCAGAGCCGCAGGACAGGCCGGUCCAGCACCAUUACAUCAACAACGAUCUGGAUCUGGACGUGCGUCGCCUGCCCGUCAUUCCGGUGGAGGAGUCUCCCCCUGAGUCUCCCUCUCCUCCCUCCCCGCCCGUGGCCCCGCCUUCCCCGCCUCCCCCUCCGGCGCUGCCGCCGCCCGCCCCUCAGGCUCUGGCUGAGCCCAGCCCCCCUCUCCCCUCCUCCGCCCCCGGGAGCCCGCCAAUCAAAACCGAGCCCGAGCCCGACCCCGCCUACACCCCGCGGGCCGACCCGGACCCCCGCCGCCGCCGCCCCCCGCGGGCCCGGACGCCGCCGGCGGACGGGGAGGAGCCGGCGCCCGAGGCGAAGAAGUGGAAGGGCCUGCGGUGGAAGCGCCUGACCCCGGCGCCCGGCGACGGGGCGGCCCCGCGGGCGGAGGAGGAGGACGACGGCGGCGGCGGCGAGGGCGUGACGGAGCUCCUGGAGCGGCUGCGCAUCACCCUGCGGCCGGACCGGCCGCCCCGGGACCUGCGCGGCUGCUGCUUCUGCCACGAGGAGGGCGACGGCGCCACCGACGGCCCCGGGCGCCUGCUCAACGUGGACGUGGACCUGUGGGCCCACCUCAACUGCGCCCUGUGGUCCACCGAGGUGUACGAGACGCAGGGCGGGGCGCUGGUCAACGUGGAGGCGGCGCUGCGGCGGGGCGUGCGCACGCGCUGCGCCGGCUGCCGCAAGGCGGGCGCCACGGUGGGCUGUGCCCGCCCCCGCUGCCUGGCCUCCUUCCACUUCGCCUGCGCCAUCCGGGCGCAGUGCGGCUUCUUCAAGGACAAGACCAUGCUGUGCCCGCAGCACCGGGCCAAGGGCGCCGCCUGCGAGGAGCUGGGCAGCUUCGCCGUCUUCCGCCGCGUCUACGUGGAGCGCGACGAGCUCAAGCAGAUGGCGGGCGUGCUGCGCCGCGGCGACCGGCUGCACACCUUCCGCGUGGGCGGCCUCAUCUUCCACGCGCCGGGCCAGCUGCUGCCCGCGCAGAUGGCCGCCUUCCACUCGCCCACCGCCAUCUUCCCCGUGGGCUACGAGGCCACGCGCUUCUACUGGAGCACCCGCGCGCCCAACCGCCGCUGCCGCUACCGCUGCCGCGUGGCCGAGGCCGACGGCCGCCCCCUCUUCCAGGUCCGCGUGCUGGAGCAGGGCCAGGAGGACCUCCUGCUGCGGGACUCCACCCCUGAGGGCAUCUGGAGCCGCAUCGUGGAGCAGGUGGCCACGCUGCGCCGGGAGGCCUCCAUGCUGACGCUCUUCACCGAACACGUGAAGGCCGAGGAGAUGUUCGGGCUGACCAUCCACGCCGUGCUCCGCAUCACCGAGUCUCUUCCUGGGGUGGAGGGCUGCCAAAACUACUCCUUCCGCUACGGGCGCCACCCCCUGAUGGAGCUUCCGCUCAUGAUCAACCCCACCGGCUGCGCCCGCUCCGAGCCCAAGAUCCUCACCCACUACAAGAGGGAACACACUAUUACCAGCACCAGCAUGUGCAAAGCCUACAGUGCACCCUCUCGACAGACCAUAUCCCACCAGCAGCGCCUACAAACCCCUGCACAGCUCAGCCCGUUCAUCCACUCCAAGUCCUCGCAGUACCGGCGGCUGAAGACGGAGUGGAAGACCAACGUGUACCUGGCCCGCUCGCGCAUCCAGGGCCUGGGCCUGUACGCCGCCCGCGACCUGGAGAUGCACACCAUGGUCAUCGAGUACAUCGGCACCACCAUCCGCAACGAGGUGGCCAACCGGCGCGAGAAGGUCUACGAGGAGCAGAAUCGCGGGAUCUACAUGUUCCGGGUCAACAACGAAUACGUGAUCGACGCCACGCUGACCGGCGGAUUGGCCCGAUACGUCAACCACUCCUGCGCCCCGAACUGUGUGACCGAGGUCGUGACCUGCGACAAGGAGGACAAGAUCAUCAUCAUCUCCAGCCGGAGGAUAACCAAGGGGGAGGAGCUGACCUACGACUACCAGUUUGACUUCGAGGACGAUCAGCACAAGAUCCCCUGCCACUGCGGGGCCUGGAACUGCCGCAAGUGGAUGAACUGAGGAGCGGACGAGCCCAACCGAACCGGGCCGUCAGGAGCAGGGAGGGGGGGAGAGAGAGAGCGGACGAACCCAACCCAACCCAACCGGGGCGUCAGGAGCAGGGCGGGGGAGAGAGCGAGGGCCCAGGGCCGCUCUUACUGCCCUAGGACCCGCUCUCAAGGCCUACAACCCAGUCUAUAAGCUUCUUUCUUUUUUUAUUUUCUUCAGGGAAAGACGUUUUAUUUUAAAUUCAGGAAAGUCGAAAUAAGAGUAGUUUUAACGGACGCGUGCUUUUUUUGUUGUCGUUUUUAUCGAAUGGGAGGUCGCAACGCCGGGAGCCAAAGCAGCGUAGGGCGGAGUGGACUUAGCGAGCGCGCGUUCGGCGUUUUGCCCCGUCCUGCACCACGGAGACCGCGGCCCGGGGCGAUGACGGUACUACUGAACGCCACAGCGGUCUGAAUGCGGCCACCCCCUCCCCGCCCCCGCUCGACCCCACCGAAGGACCAUGUAGACGACCUUCUCCUUCCUCCUCCAAACGCCGCAAGGUCGACGUGGCGCUCGGGGGGCACGUUGAGACUGGGCGGGGGAACGCCCGACGGACGCGUUCAGAGUCGUGUACGUUCUGCACGCUGCGAGAUCGGAGCUCGACCCUUCUGCCGAGCCACAGACGCCACGGACACCGGCUGGACAGUCCUGGGGGGGGGGGAGUGGGGGCGGGAGGGUACGGGCGCCGCUGAGGGGGAGGAGCUUACGCACGCAGCCCCGAAGCCAGACGAUGCUAUACUGUGCGUAGCUGAAGGUGGGUUAGUCUGACCCUGUCUACCUCAUUGAGUCUGUGGGACCUGUCAGCUUUAUCAGAUGUAAAGCCCGCUGUGGAGAGGGCAAGCUGUAUUUAAGUGUACUGAGGCUGCUGUAGGGAGGAGGUGGGCGGGAUUCAGUGGCGGGAGAACGUGUGCAGGACGGGAAGGCUGCGUUGGCGGCACGCCGUCGCGGCGAAGCGGGGAAAAGGUAGCAGCAGGGUCCCGUUCAAGCCUAGAUUACGAUAAUGAUGACAGAAGAUAAAUCUCCAGUAUCGUUGUUAGCGUGUGUAUAUGAACUGCAUUAACUAUUUGGACAAAUCUGUGCAUUAAGAAAUUAUUGGUCAGAGGCCUAACUCUAAACUGUACAUUUAGGAUCGCACUGGUCAGUAUUUCUGUGUUUCCUUUCACCAAACAAGUUUGAAUUUGGGUAACUAGUGUUUUAAACAACCGCACAACGGAAAGCAAAACUUGCGGCCCAGAUUCAGUUCUAACCACUUUGCACUAUGAAUUAUAAGCUUAAGCAAGAUUUGCAUUUUAAAUUUUUUAUUUUUAUUUUAGCAACAGCAUAAAAUCUUGCCUACUAAGCAAAGGUAACGUACUGUUACAUUUGUUGUACAUAUUUAAAGACCAGGUGCAUUGUGGGUAGACUGAAUGGUGACCUGACUUGUUUGAAUUUUGAUGUGGUAAGGACUGUAGCUUCAGUUUGUAGUUACUCAAUCCGAAUGUCUUGCCCUGUGUCACUGGGGUCAGGAAUGGGUGGGGCUGUUGUAACACUGUGACACGCAGUCCCAUAUUACUCCCACUCUCCCUACUUGGCAUUGUGCGAGCGGGCCUCUCCCAAGUGUGUGUUCUGCCAGUAGCCAGUAGGGGGCCCCAUUGCCUUCAGUUGAAUCAACAGCUAAAGGGUUACAGGUGGUGACCCAAAACUGAAGGUAGCCGAAGACAGGAAAAGGGCAUUCAUUUUUUCCUUGUUUUUCUUCUUUUUAAUCAAAUUGCAAAAUUUCUUCAGAAUGCAAAAUGGGAGGUGUAUCGUCUCCACAGCCCUACAUUACUACUCUUAUUUCUCUUCCUUGACCUUUGACCUCAGUUGCUUAAAAAAAGCCAACUGUACAAACUGUAUAUAUAUAUAUAUACAUCGGGGGGCCAGAACUCCUGUUCCAGCCCUUUUUUAAUCUGUAAUUGUGAAAUAGAUGAAAAUCAACCACUGGAUAUCAUUUUAUUAGCAGAUUUAAGUAAAUAUAUACAAACGUAAAUAUAUAUAUAUAUAUAUAUUAUAAAACGGUAAACUGAAAUCUAUGUACCUGGAUGGGAGUUGUUUUUUUGCAUUUACCUGGUUUUGUAUUAGAUUUUUUGCAAUAAGCUUGUAAAAAGCGGCUGUAAAUUUUUAGCUGGACAAAGACGAUAAGUAUUUUUGUUUAUUGCCAAUAAUUUUGAUAAGAAGCGGGCUGAAAUAUAGACUUUGCUCUUUACGGAAGGGUUUUUGUUUCAGGAAGGCAUCCAUCGUUUUGUUUUAUUUUGAGGUCCACAUGACUGCGGAAAUGCACUGCGGUUGUGUGCGAUGUGGUUGUAUUUGUUUUUGGGUUUUUUUUCUACUAUUUAUAUUACUGCUUGUGAAUAUCUACAGUACAUCUGGCCUAGUCAUCAGAUUCCUCUGUCCUUUGCUCUUUCAAAUACCUUUACCUCCUUAGAUUCAUGAUUAUUUAAUUUUCUACUCUAGAAGUUGAGAUGUGUUGGAACCGCUUGUAUGAAUUUACGAGCUGGUCAACCCAUUUUAUAUUGUGGUGUGAUUUUAAUUUUAACUACUAAUUUUGGUUUGGUUCUUUUUCAAGGGAAGUCUAUGACAAAAUGAAGUUCACUGGAUAUUUUUGCCUGGAUAAAGUUUGUUUUUGUGUUGGAAUAUCCUAAUUUAAGUUCUCUGCCUAGCAUUUAAUUUAAAGUUUUUCAAAGCAUUACCUUUUGAAGUUUCAUUUGUACAGCAGCUACAGUACCUUUAGGGAAAACAAGUAAUGAAAUUAUCUUUUUUUAUGUUUGUGGCAUAUUUUGUAUGUUAUGAUUUGAAUUUUUUUUCUCCCUACUAUGCCUGAGGUUAUUCUUAUUCCAGAUUUCCUUUCCUCAUAUUUCAUUUCUGCCUCAAUUUUAUUUCCUAUAAAGAAAAAUAAAAAAUGCAUUUUAAAUAUGAA